CCGAUUGGGAGAAGACACGCAUCCCCAUAUGAAACAAUAAUCAUACCGGCGAGCAUCCUCGCAGGGUCCAAACGCUGCGCACCACCUCUAUUUCUUUUCCGUCGCAUGCUUCAGGUUUGAUCCGAUAGCUCCGCCCGGAGUCUCUCUGACCAUGGCGGACGUCGACCCCGGCCUAGAGCCAAACCACCCCGCGGCCGACCUGCCCGAAUCCGAGCAGGCCUCCGUGAAUACAACUAUGGAAGAAGCUCAAGAAGCUCCGCCAAAGUUGGCUUCUGAUAAGCCGUCUAAUUUCUCCGAGAAGGCAGAAUGGCAAGAAGUGACGGAGCAACAGGAGCAGGAGAUACAACAAGAACGACAGGAAGAAGACAAUAAACAAAACGAAGCCGAGGAGCCGCAACAGGCAGCGAGCGAGCAAGAUGCCGAUGAUGAAAUGAAGCCCGAAGUUCCGCCGAAGGAUACAACGGAGGAGAGCACCAAUGGCCUUGAGGAUGAACAGCAGCAGCAGGCUGAUGUCGCGCCUCCCGAAAUUCACGAACCCGAGCCAGCCGACGACAAUGCGCCGCCAGAUGCUCGAAUGCGCUCUGACUCGCGGUCAACCACGGCUACUUUUGCGACGCAUCGAUCUACGGUUGUCAGCUCGACAGUUUUCAUCGUGACUGCCCUCGACACCAUUGGCGCCUCCCGCGAAGCCCGCCGAAGUAAGGAGCUUGAGGAGUCGGUUCAAGUAGCCUUGGCGAAUGUCAAACAGUCGGAUGGACAACCUAUCGACCCCGAGCUUAUCUUCCGUCCUCUACACUUGGCAAGCAAGACUCUCAGUAUUCCGCUCCAGGUGACUGCCCUCGAUUGCAUUGGCAAACUCAUCACAUACUCUUACUUUGCCUUCCCCUCCGCCGAAUCCGAAAGCGAGGCUACCCCGGAGAAGUCGCCCCUGAUCGAACGAGCCAUUGACGCGAUUUGUGACUGUUUUGAAAAUGAGGCGACUCCCAACGAGAUUCAGCAACAGAUCAUCAAGUCUUUGCUGGCUGCCGUGCUGAAUGAUAAGAUUGUGGUGCAUGGAGCUGGUCUCCUGAAAGCAGUUCGCCAGAUCUAUAAUAUCUUCAUCUACUCCAAGUCGAGCCAGAACCAGCAAAUCGCUCAAGGCUCGCUGACUCAGAUGGUUAGCACGGUAUUCGAUAGAGUUCGAGUCCGCUUGGAUCUGAAAGAGCUUCGGAAUCGCGAGGUUGAUAAAGUCACCGGUACCAAUCUUGAUGCGUUGGCAAGUGACCAAGGUCAGAUCUCAGAGGUUGCUUCUGUAUCUGCGGUCGACCAAGGGGAUCAAACGGAUCCGUCAGACCAGCCAGUCACCAAAGAACCCAACUCGGAGAAACUCACUCUGCAGAGCUUCGAGUCGCCUAAGGAGGUGACCACUGUCAAUGACAAUGCACCCACUACUGUCACCCGUGCCAAGUUAUCUCGAUCUACCACGGCCCGAUCGAUGUCGGGCAUCCCUGAGGAGAGAGAAGAUGACAACUCGACCGAGGAUGAUGUGGAUGAAGUCUACGUCAAGGACGCUUUCUUGGUCUUUCGCGCAUUGUGUAAGCUGAGCCACAAGAUUCUUGGCCAUGACCAGCAACAAGAUAUCAAGUCACAAAACAUGCGGUCGAAGGUGCUCUCACUGCAUCUCAUCCACUAUCUUAUCAACAACCACAUUACCACCUUCACCUCGCCGCUUGCCGCAAUCAAGAACAGCUCAUCCAGCACCGAGGCCAUGACACUCCUCCAGGCUGUGCGGCCCCACCUUUGCCUAAGUCUCAGCCGGAAUGGUUCCAGCUCCGUUCCCCAUGUCUUCAAGGUCUGCUGUGAGAUUUUCUGGUUGAUGCUCAAGGACAUGCGGGUGAUGUUGAAGAAGGAGCUGGAGGUGUUCCUUAAGGAGAUCUACCUAGCUAUUCUCGAGAAGCGCGCUGCCCCUUCUUUCCAGAAGCAAUACUUUAUGGAAGUUUUGGAACGACUGGGAGGCGAUCCUCGUGCUUUGGUGGAGAUCUAUCUCAACUAUGAUUGUGACCGGACGGCGUUGGAGAACAUCUUUCAAAAUAUCGUCGAGCAGCUCUCGCGGUACUCGAGCCUGCCGGUCACUACAACGGCUUCCCAACAACAAUACUUCCAGGACCAUCAUACCAAGAUGACUAGCACUGGGGCUGAGUGGCGCCAGCGUGGAACUCUGCCUCCAUCUCUCACCACCGCCAAUAUCACACCACCUCCCCAACCUGCCGCGCCUAGCAUUCCUUCAGAUUAUAUCUUGAAGCAUCAAGCUGUAGAAAGCCUCGUCGAGAUGCUACGUUCUUUGGACAACUGGGGCUCUCAACGUCUGGACGAUCAAGUUGCUGCCGCGGCCGCCGCUCAGUCACUUGGACCAGUCAAGUCGAUGGACAACUCCCGCGAAUCACUGGAUACUAACGUGCUGAUUUCGCCACGCCCAGAGAUCAGCGAUGCAGGCACUGGUCGAUCUACUCCCGUGCCUGAAGAUGACCCCAACGAGAUUGAAAAGGUCAAACAGCGCAAGAUCGCUAUGAUGAACGCCAUUCAACAGUUCAAUUUCAAGCCCAAGCGUGGUAUCAAGCUUUUGCUUUCGGAAGGCUUCAUUCGUUCGGAUUCUCCCGAGGACAUUGCCAGCUUCUUACUUCGCAAUGAUCGUCUUGACAAGGCUAUGCUCGGCGAGUACUUGGGUGAAGGCGAACCCGAAAACAUCGCCAUCAUGCAUCAGUUUGUCGACCAGAUGGAUUUCACCAAACGACGUUUCGUUGAUGCUCUUCGGUCUUUCCUGCAAACCUUCCGGUUGCCUGGCGAGGCGCAAAAGAUUGAUCGGUUCAUGCUCAAGUUUGCAGAACGGUACACAACUCAGAAUCCCAAUGCCUUCGCCAACGCAGACACGGCGUAUGUCUUGUCGUACUCCGUCAUCAUGCUCAACACCGAUCAGCACAGCUCUAAAAUGAAGGGCCCACGAAUGACCAAGGAGGACUUUAUCAAGAACAAUCGCGGUAUUAACGACAACCAGGACCUACCGACCGAGUAUCUCAUUUCGAUUUAUGAGGAGAUCGCCAACAAUGAGAUUGUUCUCGACACCGAGCGAGAACACGCGGCCAAUUUGGGUAUCCAGACCUCUGCUCCUACCGGGCUAGCAACUCGAGCUGGACAGGUAUUUGCUACCGUCGGUCGAGACAUCCAAGGCGAGAAGUAUGCGCAGGCGUCCGAGGAAAUGGCCAACAAGACCGAGCAGUUAUAUCGCUCCCUCAUCCGAGCCCAGCGCAAAACAGCCGUCCGUGACGCUCUUUCUCGUUUCAUCCCCGCCACUUCGGUUCGACACGUUGGAUCAAUGUUCAACGUUACCUGGAUGUCGUUCUUGUCAGGAUUGUCAGCCCCAAUGCAAGAUACCCAGAACCUUGAGACCAUCCGACUUUGCAUGGAGGGUCUUAAGCUGGCCAUUCGCAUCAGCUGCGAGUUUGAUCUGGAAACCCCUCGCGUCGCGUUUGUUACUGCCUUGGCAAAAUUCACCAACCUUGCAAAUGUUCGCGAAAUGAUGCCGAAGAACGUGGAAGCCUUGAAGGCACUGCUUGACGUUGCUUUCACGGAGGGCAACCGUCUGCGUGGCUCGUGGCGAGAGAUUCUAACCUGCGUUAGCCAGCUUGAUCGAUUGCAGCUGUUGAGUGAUGGCGUGGACGAAGGGUCUCUGCCCGAUGUCUCACGGGCGCCCACGGCAUCCUCAGAUACUGCUUCUCGCAAGUCCAUGCAGUCCACCAGAAGACCUCGGCCACGGUCGGUUGGGGGACCCUCGGCCUUCCGCAUGGAGAUCGCCAUGGAAAGCCGGUCCGCCGAUAUGGUCCGCGGUGUUGAUCGCAUCUUCACCAACACCGCAAAUCUGUCUCACGAAGCCAUUAUUGACUUUGUGCGGGCAUUGAGCGAGGUUAGCUGGCAAGAAAUACAGUCCUCUGGACACAGCGACUCUCCUCGCACGUACAGUCUGCAGAAGCUGGUUGAAAUCAGUUACUACAACAUGACUCGUGUCAGGAUUGAAUGGUCCAAGAUUUGGGAGGUUCUAGGCCAGCAUUUCAAUCAGGUUGGCUGCCACUCUAACACAACCGUGGUGUUCUUCGCGCUGGAUUCCCUGCGACAGCUGUCAAUGCGCUUCAUGGAGAUUGGCGAAUUGCCCGGUUUCAAAUUCCAAAAGGAUUUCCUCAAGCCUUUUGAGCAUGUCAUGGCUAACAGUACUACUGCUGCCGUCAAGGACAUGAUUCUUCGCUGUCUCAUCCAGAUGAUUCAGGCGCGUGGUGACAACAUCCGGUCCGGAUGGAAGACCAUGUUUGGUGUAUUCACUGUUGCAGCUCGCGAACCUUAUGAGGGAAUUGUGAACAUGGCCUUUGAUCAUGUCACCCAAGUCUACAACACUCGCUUCGGGGUUGUGAUCACCCAGGGUGCCUUCGCUGACCUGAUCGUUUGUUUGACCGAGUUUUCCAAGAAUUCCAAAUUUCAAAAGAAGUCACUACAAGCGAUCGAGACGCUCAAGUCCACGGUUACAAAGAUGCUGCGCACUCCAGAGUGCCCACUCUCCCACCGCGGCGACACCGCUGCUCCACACUUCCAAGAAGAAGGCACUAACCUUGCCAAGCAACUCACUCGCCAGUCGCAAGAAGAGCAGUUCUGGUAUCCCAUUCUUAUUGCCUUCCAGGAUGUGUUGAUGACCGGUGAUGAUCUCGAGGUCCGGUCUCGCGCACUGACCUACCUCUUUGAUACACUUAUUCGACAUGGAGGCGACUUCCCCCGUGAUUUCUGGGAUGUUCUCUGGCGACAGCUGCUUUGCCCAAUCUUCGUGGUCCUACAGUCCAAGUCUGAAAUGUCCAAGGUUCCUAAUCAUGAGGAUCUUUCCGUCUGGCUGUCCACAACGAUGAUCCAAGCUUUGCGCAACAUGAUUACUCUCUUCACUCACUAUUUCGAGUCAUUAGAGUAUAUGCUGAGCCGGUUCUUGGAGUUGCUGACCUUGUGUAUCUGUCAAGAGAAUGAUACCAUUGCUCGCAUUGGUAGCAACUGUCUACAGCAGUUGAUCCUGCAGAAUGUUUCCAAGUUCCGAGAGGAACAUUGGACUCAGAUCGUGGGUGCAUUCAUCGAGCUCUUCAGCAAGACAACUGCUUAUGAGCUCUUCACGGCGGCGGCAUCCGUGUCGAAAUUGAGCGAGACCCCUGUCAUCGCCACCACCAACGGUGAUGUCGCCCAGUCCGAUGCCACAUCUGGCGAGCUUUCUGACUCGCUUCAGCCGAACGGAUCUCAAAGCACUGCCUCCCUUCAGGAUGAAAGCGAUCCGCCCGCCCAGAGUGAGGCCCGUGCCGAGCUGGAAGACUACCGGCCGCCGACGGACUCACAACAGCAACCCGCAGCCGUCACUGCGGCGCGUCGUCGCUUUUUCAAUCGGAUCAUCACCAACUGCGUUUUGCAGUUGCUCAUGAUCGAGACGGUGCACGAGCUCUUCUCCAACGACAAUGUCUAUGCUCAGAUUCCCAGCCACGAGCUCUUGCGGUUGAUGGCCCUGCUGAAGAAGAGUUAUCAAUUUGCCAAGAAGUUCAACGAGGACAAGGAUCUUCGCAUGCAGCUCUGGCGUCAAGGGUUCAUGAAGCAGCCACCCAACUUGUUGAAGCAAGAGAGUGGUAGUGCUGCCACCUACGUGCAUAUACUCUUCCGAAUGUAUCAUGACGAGCGCGAGGAGAGACAGAGCAGUCGCGCCGAGACCGAGGCAGCUCUUAUUCCACUCUGUGCCGAUAUUAUUCGCAGCUUUGUCCGCCUCGACGAAGAGAGCCAGCACCGCAACAUUGUGGCCUGGCGUCCGGUGGUGGUGGAUGUGAUUGAUGGGUAUAAUAACUUCCCCCAGGACGGGUUCGAUAAGCACAUCGAGACCUUCUACCCACUUGGUGUAGAGCUUCUGAGCCGCGAUCUCAAUCCGGAGAUUCGCGUCGCGUUGCAGGCACUUCUCCGUCGGAUCGGCGAAGUCCGGCUGGGCGUUGCUCCGUCCAACCCGUUGGACGCUCCGAUCAGCCCGCGGAGCUCCGUCUCUCAGAAGGGUUCACGUCGAGACAGCCAGGCCACUCAUUGAUGGGCCUUUGUAUUCCUUAUUGUUUUCAUGUUGGGAUAUCCUCGCCUGGCUUUGUGAUUUACAGCGUGAUCCAGGCGUUUCUACUUUUCUCUCUUUUGUCUCUCUUUCUAUUACUCUCUUCCCCCCUAUUCUCCUGUUUCCCCCCCCCCCCCCCC